UUCUCCUUUCAGAUACUGAUGCGGGCCAGGCUGAAGAUCCUUGUGAUUCUCACAUUGAAAGCUUUAUGGGAAAGUUGUCUAUGAGUUGGAAAGGAAUUUGCAGAAAAUUGAAUGAAAAUGAAACUGAGUAUUCUGAAAAUCCAUGCUUUCUUUGUAAGGUAGAGCUAUCUUCCACACACCCAGGCCAAAAGAAUCCAGAUUUUGGGUUUUUUGAAUGUAGUUUAAUGCUAGGGAAAUUAAAUUUAGUUUUGACUCAUUCUUCAGUAUCAUCAGUGACUCUAAUUCUUAGUCAGAUACAACAUGCUAUUUACUGGGAGAACCGGAGGGAAGCGUGCAUAGCUUCAAAAUUUGUGGAGAAAACAAAAAAUGCUUGGGUUAACAAAUAUGACUGUUAUUCCAAAGGAUUGAUUACGGCCUUGCUUCAAAAGCUUCCAGAGAAACACAUUCAUUUUGGAUUAUGUGUUGAUGGUCUUUCUCUUAGAUUUUCACACAGAAAUGAAGCCAAUCUUGGUGGUCAAGACAUUGGUGAUAAUGUCAGUCACGAUAAUUUUGACCUCACUUUUGAUUUCCAUGAGAUUGAAGUGGUUGUUGGUUCACCUUCUUCAUUUGCUAUGGCACCAUAUACAGGUCAAUUAGGGCUAGGCAAUGCCAAGGCAGAGUGUUUUAAAUUGGAAGCUCGGGUGAUUGAAAUUCCAAAACCCAAUAAUCAUAAAUAUGCAUCCUCAGGGAAGAUUUCACUUGGUUACUACAGUCAUCUAAAUGGCGUAAAUGCUUGUUUAGAGAAGUCAGAAGAAAACCAUCAGAGUCAACUUUUUAUAUUGAAGCCAGUUGCUGUCCAGAUAUUGUCCUUCAGGGAUUACAUUUAUUCCUUGAGCACUACAAUGUCUACCUUUUCAGCCGCUUCUGACAUAACUACUGAAGGAUUCACUGUUUUGUCAUUUUUGGAUGAGGUGUAUAUGAUCUAUAAGGCAGUUGCAAAUUUGUCUUCUGUGGUAUCUUAUCUGUUUAAUACCUUUGGCAAUGCUGAUUUCAAACAUUGUGAAAUUAUGAAGCAAGAAGCAUUGUUUGCAGAACCUGAUAUCUCUGAGGAAACUACACAAGGAGCUUUACUGACAAGGAAUGUCUGCCCUUUUUUUAUUGACGUGACCAGCAGAUUCAAGUCUAUGGAAAUUGUUCUUCAUAAUUCCAGGACAAGUGAUAAUUUGGAGAGUUGUGACAGAAUGUUUCACUCCUUAACUGGCAACAAAAUGGCUGUGCAACAGUUGCCUGGCUGUGGAAUUUGGAUUUCUAUUCAGCAGACAGCUAUUGUAAUAUCUUGUGAGGAAGGGAAAAUGGAUCUACUCACUGAUUUACCAGGAAUGACGUCUUUUGUUUUUGAAUACAAGAACUCAGUUGGAAGCAACAUUGAUCACAUUGUACUUGAAAAUUUACUAUUGCGAUCUGUGAAUUGUUUACAUGAAAUAUCUCUUUCUGGUUGCACGUUUACUUUAUGCUUGGGUCUUGUUCAAAAUACCUCAUCUUCAAGAAAUGAAAGCAAAACAUUAAGUAGUCCUAAAACUGAUGAUAAUACAUCUUACUUGGUACAAGAAACCAAUUUGACAGUAUUUGAAAGGUUAAGUAAUCAAUCUUCUCACUCAGUUACAAAAAUGUGGUCUCCUGCAAAUAUUAGCAUGCCAGCUUCAGCAAGUCACCAGUUACUAAUAAAUGUUGCAGUAACUAGUAUCUACAUAGGGAAAUGCUCACUGAAGAGUGAUCUGGUUCAAGCGCAUAAAUUGAAUAAGCUUCUGUCUUUGCUUUCAAUUGGUGGAGAGUUUCACACAAUAUCCUGGGAGAUCCAGGGUGGACUCAUUUUUCUUGAAACAUCAUCUUUGCCAAUGGCCAUUGAUAACUAUUCUUCAUAUCUUCAUUUUAUUGGCAAUCUCACUUCUGAUGAGCAGCAACCUAAUAAAGGCAUGAAGAAGGAAGAGCAUGGCAAAGAGAACUAUUCUCUUGAUGAUGAAAUUGAUCAAGAGACUGUUAGCACAUUUCUACAAGCUGCAAGGAGAUUGCUGGAUGCAUGUGACUUAUCUUUGUCUCACUUUUCUUUGGUUUUAGCUCUUGAAAAUGAAUCAGGUGGUAUCCGAGAACUUGUACUCGAGGUUGACAUUCAUCUGAAUUUGGAAUUGUUAACUGCUGGGAGGAAGUUAUCAGUUGACCUUUCCCGUUUAUCAAUCCUAUCUCAAAUUAUUCAUGUGAGAGUUGAAGAUGAAACAGCAAUUCCUCAUUUUUCUUCUGUCACUUCAAAAGAUUUGUCAUCUCAGAUUGCAUCAGCAGAUCCUCUUUCAGGAUUUCAGAAUUUUGGUGAAUUGAUCUCAGUUAGUAAAGCAAACAGUUCACAAGACACUGGUCCUGUUACUGUUCAGUUAAGUCGUCAGAACCAAAUUUUGAAACAUUUAAGAGCUUUUUUGUCACUGGAGAGACCACAUAGAGGUAGUUUGCAUUUGGCUCGGUAUUGGUUUGGCAUUGGUUCUCUUUCAGGUUUCGAUAUGACACUUUCUGUUUCUGAAAUUCAGAUGGUUUUGUCAAUGUCCUCCUCACUCUCUGGGAUAUCAAGUCAGGAUACAAUAAAAGAAUUGGAGCAAAAUCAUUGUUCUACUAGCCAUGAAGUUGAUGAUAGUUUGGAAGCAGUGAUUCCUGAUGGGGCAAUUGUUUCUAUUCAAGAUGUCAACCAGCACAUGUAUCUCACAGUUGAAGGCGAGGAGAAGAUUUUCAGUAUAGGUGGUGUCAUUCAUUAUUCUCUUGUGGGAGAGAGGGCUCUUUUCAGGGUCAAACACUGUACCCAAAGGAGGUGGAAGUCUACAGUUUUUUGGUUUUCCUUUAUAUCAUUGUUUGCUAAGAAUGAUAUGGGUGUGCCGUUGAGAUUAAAUUGUCGACCAGGAUCAUGUUUUGUUGACAUCUCUUAUACUAAUGAUGGAGGAUGUGCACUUUGGAAAGUCUAUUCUCCUCAGGGUGAUGUAGGAGUUAUUGACUCAGAGGCCAGCAAUCAAUCAAUAAAGAGAACUUUCUACCUUGUAAACAAAAAGAAUGACUCUGCUAUUGCUUUCGUUGAUGGUGCUCUAGAGUUUGUCAGUAAGCCUGGAAAUCCAAUCAAGUUCAAAAUUUUCAAUGAUAUUAUUGCUGCUUAUGGUGUACCAGAGACAGCUAGCUACCCUAGAAUGGCUCCAGAAACUAGUCUGCACACCUAUGAAGAAAGUACUUCAUGGCAGGGUGGAAAACUUCCUCAUAUUGAUAUUAAAAUUGAGAAAAUUUCUGUAAAUAUUGUUCAUGAACUUUCAGAUACAGAAGAACACUUCCCUCUGAUUUCCUUGUUCAUAAACAAUAUGCAACUUAUUAUACAACGUUUAGCAACAAAGUCCAGGGUCAUAAGCACAUCAAGUGCGGUAGUACAUUAUUUUGAUGCUCAAAGAAACUUAUGGGGAGAAUUUCUCCAUCCUGUUGAAAUUUGCCUUUUUUACCGAUCUAAUAUUCAAGCCCAGCUUUCAGAAUGUACAUCUCAUGCUGUGCCUGUUAAUUUCUUCUGCAGAAUUCAAGAGCUGAACAUAUCCCUAUGUGAGAAUUCAUUGGACGUGCUUCUCUUUGUGAUUGGCAAAUUGAACCUGUCUGGUCCUUAUUCACUGCAGAGCUCCAUGAUUCUGGCUAACUGCUGCAAGGUGGAGAACCAGUCAAGUUUGAAUCUUCUUGUUCACUUUGAUCAGCAAAGUGUAACAAUACUCAGAAAACAGUCGGCUUCCAUUUUAUUGAGGAGGAUCUCUGAUUUCAAAAAUCAAGAUUCAGAAGCUGCAACUACCAUUUCCAUUCAAGUUACUGAUUUUGGUUCUUUUGCAACUUCUUCUAUUCAUCUCCAACUUUCACAAACACACACUCUUGCUUGGAGAACCCAAAUUAUGUCUAGAGAAGGUUCAAGAACUUUCCCCGGGCCAAUGUUUGUAGUUAACAUUUCUAGAAAUUCAGAGGUUGGUCUGUCAGUUGUGGUUUCACCUUUGAUUAGAAUACAUAACGAAACUGGAUUUUUAAUGGAACUCCAAUUCCAGCUACUUGAGCCAAAGGAAGAUGAGUUUGCAUCUGUGUUUUUAAGAUCAGGGGAUUCUAUUGAUGAUUCUAUGGCUAUGUUUGAUGCAGUAAAUUUUUCUGGGGGAGAAAAGAGGGCUUUAGUUUCUUUAAGUGUUGGUAACUUCUUAUUUUCAUUUAGACCCAAAGUAACUGAGGAAUUGAUUAAUUCUGAAAGUUCUGUUUCUUUGGAAUGGUCGGAUUAUAUUAAAGGUGGAAAAGCUGUCCAUCUAUCUGGAAUAUUUAAUAAAUUAAACUACAGAGUUCGCAAGGCAUUAUCUGUAAAAUCAGUGAGGUGUUCCUUUAGCACAGCACAUUGCACCCUCAAGUUUGAGGGGGUGUGUGUUGCCAAUAUGCAUUUUCUCAUUCAGACUGUUGCUAGAGAUAUCCCUGUUGCAUCUGAAAAGUCUGCUACUGCGUUUAAAAAUGAGAAUUCAACAGUUUCGUUGCUAGAGCAGAAAGAGAUAUAUCUUCUUCCUACUGUACGGAUGACCAAUUUAUUGCAUUCUGAGAUAGAUGUAAUUCUAAGUGAAACAGGUCAGUCAAAUCUGGUUGGAUAUGACAAAAUUGGGAAGCAGGCGAUCAUAUCAUGUGGUUCAACGGUUGAUUUUUAUGCCAAUCCAGCAGUUAUAUACUUCACGGUUACUCUAACUUCUUCCAAUUCAACUUCCAGGGUGGUAAAUAGUGGGGACUGUGUGAAGAAGUUGCUGAAGCAGGACAAUGAUGUCCAAUAUCUGGAUAUAAAUUUGGACUUCGAUGGUGGAAAAUUUUUUGCAACCUUGAGAUUGUACCGUGGAAACAGGGGAAUGCUGGAGGUUGUUGUUUUUACAUCCUAUUCCAUGAAGAAUGAUACAGAUUUUCCAAUUUAUGUUCUUGCAACUAAAAGGUGGCCCCUAUCCAGAAUUGAAUUAGAGAAUUUAAAUUUGAGCAUUCCUUCGGAGCUAGGCGUAUGUUUGCCUCCAAAAUCAACUAGUUCAUGGUUCUUGAAACCUGAAAGAGUGCAACUGAAAUUGCUAGAGGACCAUACAUCUGAUGCACUGCUAGAAUUGGGUUCUUUAUCAGGCCUCACAGAAAUAAGCUUUGAGAAAGCAGAGGGAUCUGGGAUUAAAUCUGUAACAAAGCUUGGAGUUUCUAUCGGUCCUUCUUCAGGAGAAAUUGUCGUGCCAUCACAAAUGGUUACUUUGGUUCCAAGAUAUGUUAUUUGCAAUGAAUCUGAAGAAUGCAUUACUGUUCGCCAAUGCUAUUUUCAGGAUGAGGUGGCAGGUGUUAUCUCCAUUAACAGCAAACAGCGAAUGCCACUACAGCUGAAGGAAGGAUUUAGAAAGACAAGCGAGUUCAGUGUAUUUGAGCAUUUUAUCAGAAAGCACAGAAGCUCCAGUGACAAUUCCUUGUUAUAUAUUCAGAUUAAAACAAAUGAGCCUGGAUUGGGAUGGUCUGGACCAGUCUGUAUAGCCUCAUUAGGACACUUUUUCCUGAAAUUCAGAAAACAGACUGAUGAAGUUACGAUAUCAGACAACAAAAUGACACAAUUUGCAGCAGUGCAUGUGGUAGAAGAAGGUUCUUCUCUUGUUUCAAGGUUCUACAAGCCACCAAAUAGGAGUCUGCCUUAUCGAAUUGAGAAUUGUUUGCAUAGACUAUCAAUAACUUACUAUCAAAAGGGUUUUUUAGAGCCAGAGGUUCUUGGACCUGCAUGCAGUGUUGACUAUGUCUGGGAUGAUUUAACUUGUCCUCGCAGACUGGUUGUCCGCAUCAAUGGUAGCCUUCAAUUACGAGAUAUUAAGUUGGAUAAGGUGCAAGCAUGGAAACCUUUUUACAAACUUGGGCAACAGAGGGUUUUGGCUACACAUUUGCUUUUAGACAAAAGAUCAAGAGAUCAGAUGAAGGAUUCCAGUGAGCAUACUGGCCUAGAAAUUGAAAAAGUGGGGUAUGAAAUAUAUGCAGAUGGUCCAACCCGAGUUUUGCGAAUUUGUGAGAUUUCUGAUAAUUUCAAGAGAGAUACAGUUCUUGAUAUGUGUGCAAAAAUUCAAUUUAGAGUUUCUCAGUUUGCGGUUCACCUACUUGAACAUGUUAAACAGGAGGAAGACGUCAAUGAAUGCAAAGAUUUCACACCAAUUGUAAUUGCAAAGCUUGGCAAUUUGCACAUGAUUACUGUUUCUAACAAUCACCAGUCAUAUAACCAGUUCAGUUUACAGUACAUGAAUUUGGAGCUUAAGUGGAAUGGAGCUCCUUUUGCAUCAAUGCUUCGCAGACAUCAAUUAGAUUACAGUGACUCAAACGAUAGUGUACUGAAGAUUGUUUUUGUUCUACUUACAUCCAGUUCCAAUGUUAAGCAAUUUAGAUACUCAUCAAUUUUUCUUCAGCCAAUUGAUUUGAACCUUGACGAGGAGACAUUAAUGAAAAUUGUGUCAUUUUGGAGAACAUCUCUUAAUGACUCAGAGAGCCAGCGAUUUUACUUUGACCAUUUUGAAAUCCAUCCGAUAAAGAUCAUUGCAAAUUUUAUCCCUGGGGAGUCACAUUCAAGUUAUAGCUCAACCCAGGAGGCUCUGAGGUCCUUAAUUCAUAGUGUGAUUAAGGUGCCUCCCAUAAAAAAUAUGGUUGUAGAGUUGAAUGGGGUCUUGAUUACCCAUGCUCUGAUAACAAUGCGUGAAUUAUUUAUUAAAUGUGCUCAACAUUAUUCAUGGUACACAAUGAGGGCCAUAUAUAUUGCUAAAGGAAGCCCCUUGCUUCCCCCAGAUUUUGUUUCUAUUUUUGAUGAUCUGGCUUCAUCAUCUCUUGAUGUAUUCUUUGAUCCAUCCCGUGGGUUGGCAAAUCUUCCAGGAUUCACCUUAGGUACUUUCAAAUUAAUAAGUAAAUAUAUCAAAGGUAAAGGUUUUUCAGGGACAAAACGCUACUUUGGUGAUUUAGGGAAAACUUUGAGGUCAGCAGGUUCCAAUAUAGCUUUUGCAGCUGUAGCUGAAAUAUCAGACUCUGUUCUGAAAGGUGCAGAGGCAAAUGGCUUUAAUGGAUUGAUGAGUGGCUUUCACCAAGGAAUUCUAAAAUUGGCUAUGGAGCCAUCAGUUCUUGGAACUGCAUUGAUGGAAGGUGGCCCCGACAGAAAGAUAUUGCUUGAUCGAAGUCCAGGAGUUGAUGAGUUAUACAUUGAAGGAUAUAUCCAAGCCAUGCUGGAUACAGUUUAUAGACAAGAAUACCUUAGAGUUAGAGUUAUUGACAAUCAGGUUAUCUUGAAAAACCUACCUCCAAAUCAUUCUCUUAUCAAUGAGAUCAUGGAUCGUGUUAAGGAGUUCCUUGUGAGCAAGGCCUUGCUAAAAGGAGAUCCCUCAACUAUGUCGCGCCCUUUAAGCCGUCUUCGUGGAGAAAGUGAAUGGAGAAUAGGACCAACAGUCUUGACAUUGUGCGAGCAUCUUUUUGUCAGCUUUGCAAUACGCAUACUGCGAAGGCAGGCUAACAAAUUUAUAUUCAGCAUAAAAUGGGAAAAGAAGUCAGAGGUUGGCAGUGAAGAUGUGCCAGCUAACUCUAGUCAAAAAGUGCAGAAGGUGAGUUUCAUUCGAAAAUGGGAUUGGAAAAUUUGUGUUGUCUGGCUUGUUGGCAUAUAUUGAUGGACGUCUAUGCCGUGGGAUUCCCAAUCCUGUAGCACGGAGAGUAGUUAGUGGCUUUUUAUUGAGUUAUAUUGACCAAAAUGAUGAUGAAUAAAUUAUACGAUUGUCAUUAUUCAUGUUCAAAAGUAGGAU